AUGAGGGUGAGAGACGAGUUUGAUGAAAUGAAAAAAUUAUCAGGGUAUUACCUGUUCCUUGAGAAAAAGGAUGUCGUGCAACUAAUGGGUAUGGGCGGGUUCGAUUCGGGUGGUUUGGAUGGAAGGAAUGAUGCUGCAUUUGCUGCUGCACUGCAGGUUGUUGCUCAGGCUGUGCAGAAUCAGCUUAACAUUGGGGGGAACGAUGAAUCCCAUAACUUAGGAACUUUUCAGAGAGAGAAUCCGCCUACCUUCAAGGGUAAGUAUGAUUCCGAUGGAGCGCAGGGUUGGCUAAAGGAGAUUGAAAGCAUAUUUCAUGUGAUGGAUUGCUCUGAGGGCCAGAAUGUACGGUACGAUACACAUAUGCUAGAUGAAGAGGCAGAUGACUGGUGGCUUAGCACUUGUCAGAGAUUGAAAACCACAGGUGAAGUUAUUACUUGGGCUGUGUUUUGUAGAGAAUUUCUAAGGAAGUAUUUUCCAGAGGAUGUUCGCGAAAAGAAUGAAAUUGAGUUCCUUGAACUAAAACAAGGGAACUUGACUGUUACUCAGUAA